AUGGCCUCGUCCAUAGGAUCUUCCAUGGGCCGCGGGGUUCCCAGUCUCCCCAUCAGCCAGCGGCUCUCUCGGCGUCGCCGUACCGCUCCCGCCAUCGGCCAUCAAACACGCCAGCUCUCCAUCCAAGGCCGCACGUACGACGACGCUCUCAAACUCCUAGACACGCUCAAGUCCAACGCCGCCACCACAAAACUCUUCAACGCGUCUAGCGGCGGCAUCUCUGGGCCCGCGGCGCCGAGCAUGGCAUCGCUCAACGCGCGCGCGAUCCCGGAGAUGCGGGAGUGGCUCGCGCGGGCAGGGUACUCGGCGACGGACCUCGCGCAGCAGCUCCGGUGCGUGCACGUAGCGGGGACAAAGGGCAAGGGCUCCACGUGCGCGUACACGGCCGCCAUCUUGCGCAAGGCUCCUCUGUCGUCCGGUACCGAAUGGGGCGGCGGGGGCGGCGCACGCGGCGCGUGGGCAUGUACGUCGCCGCACCUCGUCAGCGUGCGGGAGCGCAUCGAGAUUGACGGCGCGCCGGUGGGGCGGGAGACGUUUGCGCGGCGCUUCUUCGAGGUGUGGGACACGCUGGACGCGGCGGCGGCGAGGGAGGGUGCGGCGUCGGACGGGGCCACGCGGCCGUUUUACUUUCGAUGCCGCGCGGGGGAGAUUUGGCUACCGGACGCGCUGGCGGGAGCGAGGCUGCGGGGCCGGGGCCAAGUGUUGGUGAAGAACGGCGCGAGGUGGCAUCUGGACGGGGCACAUACGGAGGAUAGCGAUGCCAUUGGCCUGCUCAACUCGACGCAGGCGGGCUUUCGCGUGCUGGAGGACAGGAAACGCGUAGGGUGGAUCCCGGACUCGGCCUCCAUCGCGCAGAUGAAGGAAUGGCUCCGUAUGCUCGGAUACACCCGCAUCCAGCUCAACGGCACCCCCAUCUCCGAGCCCACCUUCGCCGCCGCCUUCUUCCACGUAUGGCGCACCCUAGGUCUUGACCGCAACCCAACCACUUCUCCUUCUUCUUCUUCCGCUGCUACCGAGCUCGGUGGCCGUCCGACCUACUUCCGCAUGCUCACCCUCGUCUCCCUCCACGUCUUCCUCACCCAAGGCGUCGACGCCGCCGUCUACGAAGUCGGCGUCGGCGGCGAAUACGACGCCACCAACGUCUUUGGCCGCCCCGCCGCCGCCGGCAUCGCCUCUCUCGGCAUCGACCACGUCGGCGUCCUCGGGAGCACCCUGCCCGAGAUCGCGUGGCACAAGGCCGGCGUCAUCAAGGCCGGCAGCCCGGCGUUUGCCAUUGCUCCGCAGGCCGACGACGCCAUGGCCGUGCUCGAGGCGAGGGCGCGGGACAAGGGCGUGUCCCUCACCCGCGUCGGCGGCGAGUCGGGCCUCGCGGGCGUCGAGCUCCGCCCGGACGAGGAUUUCCAGCGCGGGAACGCGUCCCUCGCCGUUCAUCUGGCGGCGGCCGUCAUGCGACGUUUCGGCGUGGCGGUGGAUGCGCGGGCCGGGACCUUGCCGCGGGAGGUGGUGGAGGGCAUCGAGUCAAACUCCCCUUGCGCCCUCGUCUUCAACCAGCAAUCGGACCGAGAUGCCGUCCAGAUGCUCACCUUUGUCCACAACCGCCUCGCCACCGGCGGCACUCGGAUCAAGUACGCUAUCUUCUCCACCAACAUCACGUACAGGGACAAUACCACCAGGCCAGAAAUGGUCAACACCAACGUCGACCCCGAAGUCAUCCGCCGGCUCACGCUCCAAAACACCCUCGCCGACGCCUGGCGCUCGCUUGAUCCCCGCACCGAGGUGGUCGUGGCGCCUUCCAUCGAGGAUGCCAUCGCCUACAUCCGAGGCCGCGAAGAUGACGAAUUGCAGGUAUUUGUCACGGGAAGUUUUCAUCUCGUCGGCGGUGCGCUGUCCGUGUUGGAAGGAGCCGGCGAGCAAUGA